AUGCGUUUCGGACUCGCUGCUCUCUUCCUCGUCGUCGGCACUGGCCUUGCCGCCCCUCUCGCCCGACGAUCUCUCGUCAGCGACGUUGGCGGCCUUCUCGGUGGAAUCACCCAGGGCGUUGUGGUCGAUGUCGUCGCCCUUGAGGCCCAGCUUGUCGCCCUCCUGGGCCCCAUUGUCCAGAAGAUCGAGGCUGUUCUUCCCGUGACUCUGGCUGCCAAGCUUGUCAGCCUUGUCCAGGGUGUUGAGGGCAAGGUUGUUGCCACCGCCGACAUCGACAACGUUGUCCAGAUUGUUGGCGAGGCUCUUGCCAUGGUCGCUCAAGGUGUUGAUAUCAGCGCUGUCAACGCAUACCUCAACGCUGCCACCGGCGGUUCUCUUACCACCCUUGAGGUCGCUCUUGGCGUCAACAACCUCACCGAGGUCCUUGGCCUUGUCCAGUAA